AUGGAUGAAGAAUAUUUAUACAUCAAUUCAGAAUUUAAAAACCGAGAUAUUAUUUGUGAAGAAAAUUUGUCGAUAGAUUAUCACAUCGAAAAUUUUUAUAACAAAUCCGUUGAAGAACAAAGUAAAAAGGAUGGAUUUACAUGUUGUUCAAGAAAAAAUUUAAAUACAAGUCUACCUCCAUUAAAUUUUGAUUUUAAUGAUGAUUCGUUCAACAUUGUUGGUUCUGAUAUUUAUGAUAAAUCAGAUAAUGAUGUAAUUGAAGAUUUAUUAAACUGCAAUAAUAAAGGAUACAAUGAUGAUAAUGACUAUUUGUCUUUCAAUAUACCAGCAGCAGCAGAGUCAACAACUAAUUCCAAGGUUGAUCUUUCCUUUCCAUCCAAACAUUUUGAUUUGUUUAAUGAGGACAAUAAUGAUGAUUUUGAAUCACCCUUAAUAAAUGUGACAGAUGAAGAUGUAUUUGAGAAGAAUGAUGUUGGAAACAAUCAUAACAAUAGUUGUCUUUCUGGGGUGCUCGGCCAUCGGCGUACUCUUUGUCCCAAUUUUUAUAGAAUGAAACCUGUCGCUGCUGUUUCAUCUUGUGGGUCAAUUUUGCGUCAUUCAGCAUCAAUGCCUAACACAAGAUUAAUUUUAAAUCACAACAAGAACUUUCUGAGCGUCAACAAGAAUAAACACAGCAGUGUCGACAGAGAUUCUAGCAAGCAAAAUCAUGUAAAACUAAAUGUAAACAAGCAGAAUUCUGAAGUGAGUAAAAGUAAACAUUACGAGGGAACAUAUCCAGCAUUGGAAGACCAUAGAUACUAUGCCAGAAUGAAGAGACCUGAAAGUCCACCACCAAUAAAAAAAAGAAAUUUUAUGAACAGCAUGGUUCACCGUUUUGAUAUCUCUCCAGCCAAUCAACAUAUCACUUCUCCUAUCAAAGAAUCAAAAAUGAGUAUAUUGGAAAAGUUCCUAAGAGCUAGGUGCCCUUUAGACCCUAACAAAGGAAGUAACGCAGCGUUAGCCACUAAAGGUAUGCUGAAUCUUUGUAUCAAAGAACAGAAGAAUAAUUCAUCUAAUAAAGUUCUAAACUCUAAAAACAGAGAUGACCUAAAUAAAAAUAAUAUUUUGAAAAAGUUAUUAACUGGUGAGUUGGAACAAAGUGAGGCCCACGAGUUGGAUAUUAAAAAAAAAGUCCAACGUGACAGUAACAAAAGCAAAGUUAUUCACGAAGAACUUACUGAUUGUUUAAGUCAAGAUAAAUCCCUAAUCAAUGAAUUUAACCCAGACAUAGUAAAUAUUUUUGGUGAUGUUGAUAAUGUUGAUGGAAUUGUUACACCAUCUACACCGAUAUCAUCAUCGUCUAGCACAAAUAAUUUGUUUUCAUUCAACCCCGAUAACAUUUUGGUGGAUGGCUUUGGCUUGGAUACAGGGUUAUUGGUCGAUGAGAAUAAAGGAGCAGUGAGCAUUGGAGUUGAUCCUCCAUAUUGGCAAGAUGAUGAUUUUCAAAUGAACUCGAUGUUCGAGUUUGAGGAAAAUAUAAGGCAGCACAACAGACAGGAGACCAUUACAUUACAACAUUACACCAACAGCUAUCUCUGA